AUGUUCGAUUUCGAGCUGCUUCCCAACGAAAUGCAAUUGGAGAUUUUGAAGAAGGUUAGUCGGAGAUGUAAAAAUGUGGAUGAGUAGUCAAAUAAAAAAAAUAAAAAAAUAAAAACAAUUCGAAACAGAAGCCAUUACACGAAAUGACAGUCUUCCGGUAAAAUGUUCGACAAAGCACAUUGUUAAAGUCGCAGAACUCUGCCGCUCGCAAUCCCUCGGCCACGGCCGCGUGUGGAGCAAUAGAGCGCGUUUGCCAGACUUUUUGAAACGGAAGUACGCGAAGAACUGAUUCGCAAUUCUUCCGUUCGUUCGAACUCUACAGAACUACCAUAUACUUCCUUGAGAUCACUCCAAAAAUCAAACCAUCAACGGUUUUCCCGAAGAUCUUCUCUCCGUUUCACAUGAUUUCGCUCAUCGUACUCCGCCACCUGACACCCCCUUUUGUUUUCUUUUUCACUCGGGGAAUACCCCCCGAGUGAUGAUAGCGGGCGUCGUCAACAGAAAGAGACACAUUGUUUUCAGACGGAAUUCCGGACCGUUCAAAGUAUGAAGUGUGUGUCGAGACGCGUCAAAAAGUUCAUAAAAGUGUACAAGAAGUAUCUGCUUCCUGUUCCGAUCCGACAAAUGCUCGUGACUCCUGUAAGCCACAAAAGCCACGCCGUUCUUGGAUUUAUCAAAUCUUUAGGAAAAGGUAAGCUUCACGCUGGUCAACUCGUCGGAAGUGUGCUCUCUGAGCCCCGAACACGUGGAUCUCUUUCUCCGCGGCGCCCAGAUCGACCUACUGUGGCUGGAAGCGAUCGGAACCGAAACGAGCCGAUCUCCGUGCUUCAGUCACUGA